AUGGCUACUUCAAAGCCCGAGCUUGUUAUCGUUUGCGGUGCCUGGCAUGUUCCGGCCAACUAUGACAAGCUUCGGUCUCACCGUCCAGUCCCCCAUCUUCCAACCGUCAAUUGUUCGCGACCCCCGACUGCAGACAUGUACACGGAUAGUGAUCUUAUCCCCAAAAUCGUGACCGACCUAUCAGACGCUGGCCGCUCUGUCGCUGUUCUGAUGCACUCCUAUGGUGGAACGGUCGGUACCAAUGGUCUUGCAGACCUGGGCUUUGAAACCCGCAAGAAGCAAGGUCUACCUGGCGGUGUCACCCGACUGAUCUAUUUGUCUGCAUCCGCGCAUCUCGAGGGCGAAUCCAUGAUGGAUAUUGUUGAGGAGUUUGGACAAACGAACCUCAUUCCUCUUGCAUUUGACUUCGCCGACGAUCAAACUUGCAUCUCUCGUCAUCCGAGGGAUCUCCUGGUCGGCCCGGGACUUUCGGAUGAGGACUUGGAAAGUUACGUGAAGCUUUUGGUGCGCUGGAAUGGCAAGGGCAUGUACCAGACUUUGAAGCAUUGCGCCUGGCGCAAGAUACCAGUUACCUAUAUUUUGACAACCAAGGAUAUGACUGUACCGUUAGACUACCAGAAACGUAUGGUGUUGACCAUGGAAGCGGAGGGCUGCGAGAUACAGCAGUUUACGCUGGAAUCGGGUCACUGCGCUAACAUUACGCACGUGGAGGAAGUCGCGAAGAUCGUUGAUGAGGCAUUGGCCUAG